AGAGGGAGUGUGUGAUUAAUGGAUAGCUCUGCUAAUAUAAAUAUAAACCAGAUCCAGAUUCACAUCUGUCCAGCUGCAUGGUACGUCCAGCUCGGCCUUCUUCCUUUACUUUCAAUUCAUUUUCAGUUUUUAAACACUUCUUUUCUUUGCAGUGAAGAAGCUUGGAGACAGUCGAGAAGUGUGAACUAAGGAAUGAGUUCUGUAGAAUUCAGUUCUGUUUAAUUUAAGUAGUAUUUUAUAAUCACUACAUCAUCUUCAUCACUACAUACACAGUCAGAAAGCUCCUUCUUCUUGCCUGUGGUCUGUUCACACACUCCUCAGAGCUCAGGGAGUCUGCGUGAGGAGGAAAGAGCUGGACUCCUGCAGCUCAGAGGAACAGCUCAGAGGAACAGCUCAGAGGAACAGUAACAAUCUGUGCAGUUCAGACCUGAAUCAUGACUUCAUACUGAAGAAUCUGAAAAUUAUUCACAGCUUUAAUCCAGAUGCCUUCACCAUGCAGACUGUCCUCCACUUCCUGCUCAGCUUCACUCCAGAGAAACGCAGCACCACUGUGACGUCAACAGGCAAAGUGCAUUAUGGGAACUCAGCAUCCGCUGUAGGCUGCACGGCUUGGACCUCAGCCUCCUGCAGUGCAUUGUGGGAUAUUUUACACUAUAGCCUACUUUCAGAAAUUAUUUCUGAAACAGAAAAACUCCUUACCCAGUGAACUGUACAGCUAGAGAACAGGGUGUGGUUUGGGACAUGAUGAAGAUGACAGAGCUGGACUACAUUACCCACAAUCCUAAAACCACUCGGUAAGCUAUUCUGUUACCAUGGAAACGCUGGAACGCUGACUCCGGGUCUCCUGUAGAGGUUGCUGUUGUGUGUGUGUGUGUGUGUGUGUGUGUGUGUGUGUGUGUGUGUGUGUGUGUGUGCAGGGUGUGUCGGUGUGUCGCGGAGGAUGCGGCUGUAAUCCGGUGCGUCUCUGCGCGCGCACUGCGCCGCUCUCACCGUCACCGCGCGCGGACGCGUUACACAGAGAGAGAGAGAGAGAGAGAGAGAGAGAGAGAGAGAGAGAGAGAGAGACUGACGCGGAGAACCGAGAGGAACAUGGACCCACAGACCCGAGCUGUGCUUCAUCAUCCCUCCGCUUCCUAACAGGUUGUGCAACAGCAUCAUGUCCACUUCAUAGCAACAGCCAUGAGUCACAGGGAGGAACCAGAGGAGGCAGGGUCCAAAGCCCCAAUCCCUCAGCGCAUCCGGCAGCCAAACAGUACUCCUGUAGAAGGAGGCCGUCCCAGGUGGAGGCCAUGCCAGCUGAACAGCCAAGACGAACAGGGAAAUGCCCAACAUCAUCAUCAUCAUCAUCAUCACUACCAUCGACAGUCACACCAACAGCAGCCUGGCACUAAUCGAGCUCCACCACGACGCAGCCGAAGACAUGCCCCCUGCCACGCCCAGAGGGGGUCGAGUGAGAGUGGAGAUGCAGGGCCACAGACAGGUCAGCAGCCUCGUCCAGGUGGGUCGAGGUAUCGAAGGAGUGGUGAUGGAGGGCAUCAGCACAGACAUCGACAGCAACCCAGACAGAUUCAUGCAGUUCCGCAACCCGUCGAUGUUCCUGAGAUCAAUCCGGCCAUGGACACUUUGUCUCCUGAGGAGUCUUCCCAGGAACUGCUGACUCCAUCUUCACAGGAGGAUCUGACUCCUUCCCAGGAGGAACUAACCCCCUCUCCACAGGAGGUAUCACCUGUAGAGGAGCAAGAUGAAGGUAGCCCAGGUCUACAUUGUUCCUCCAGUACUGAGAGCAGCCUUCAUGCACACUCUGAGCAGACCGAGGAUCAGCACAGAGAGAGGGAGCAGACAGAGGAGUGCAAGGGUGGGAUAGACGAAUGGGAAGUGGAGGGAUGUCAGGAAAGGAGAGAGGAGGGGACAGAGUCUCACAAAGAUGUUGAACAGGAAGAACAGAGUCAAUUGGAGAAGGAUUCCAUGGCAAACGCUGGUAGUUCAAAAGGUAGUAAGAAGACCAGUAGGAGGUCUGGGCCCAUCAGAGUAGAUGUUCCACCUUUUGCGGAAUUUCCACGUCAGCCACUACCAAUCCCUAAUUUCCAGGCUCAGCCUUUCUCAGAACCUCUUAGAGGUUACCCCGUGGAGCCCAAAUCAGGUCCUAUCCAUCUCACCUCCGCCAACUACGCUGCCAUGAGCACAGACAUGAGGUCUGAAUGCCAAUCAGGUGCUCAGUCCUAUGAAGAAACAAUUUCAGACACCAGUUCAGAAGCCUUUUCUGCUUCAUAUCCAUCAAUCUCUGAGUCCUGUCCAAAGUUCUACCCAGUGACUCCAACAGAAUCAGACAGAGAACUGUACCACUCACCACAAACAGGAUGGUACCAGGAACACUCUGAGGACCAGCAGGGCUUUGAGAAAAACCAUGACAUGUCCACCAGUGAGGCUAAUCCACAGAUCAAUCUCCAUGAGGAGCAGAGACCACAGGGUUCUGUCGGUUCCAGACUGCACCACUAUGACGAAUACUCAGGAGAUGAAGCUAGCAGUCCUGAUAGAAGCAGAAGUAAGGUUUGGAGACGUAGUAUAGAACAGGAAUGUUCAGAGAUCAGAAAGGAGCAGUGUGAGGUUCGUCCUCGUUUGCCUGUAUUGGACAGAGAAGAGAAGCCAGAACAUGACUCUUUAGAAGAUAGACCACAUGCUAUUCAAGAAUCUGCAAAUGUUUCUGGAGAUGCGAUCUCUCUGGCAAUAAGAGACAUAAAGGAGGCAAUCGAGGAAGUGAAGACUAAGACGGUGCGUUCACCGUACACGCCCGACAAACCCAAAGAGCCGGUGUGGGUGAUGAGGAGAGACGUCAGCCCGGUGGAGGAGUGCCAGCCACAGCUUUAUUCACCUCCAUCUCCUCCACAGCUUCCUUCUCCUCAGAACGAGACAUGUUCCCAGGUUCUAGCUUCAGAUCCCAUAGUUCCUCUGGGAGCAGAAUCUUCCACAGCUCAUGAGCACCAGGAAUCAGACAUCAGUCCCAGUUUACCAACAGCUGAAGAGCUUAGAAGGAACUUGGCUGCUUUUCCUACAUAUGUUGAUGUUCCAGGACCGUGUGAUCCAGAGGAUUUAAUCGAUGGUAUCAUAUUUGCAGCCAGUUUUUUGGGUUCCACACAGCUGCUGUCAGAGAGAACGCCGAGUAAGAGCGCCCGCAUGCAGCAGGCUCAGGAGGCCAUGACCCGCGUCCGGGGUGCAGGAGGCGAGCUUCUCUCUACCACUGAGGUGGAUCUCUUCGUGUCGACUCAGAGGAUUAAAGUUCUCAACGCUGACACACAGGAGACAAUGAUGGACCAUCCUCUGAGGACCAUCUCUUACAUCGCGGACAUCGGGAACAUGGUGGUCCUGAUGGCGCGCAGGAAGAUGAUCCGCUCUCGCAGCGCUCAGGAGCAGCUGGACACGGCCGAUGCUCAGCAGUUGAACCCGGCGCAGGAAGAACAGCGGCAGUACAGGAUGAUCUGCCAUGUGUUCGAGUCAGAGGACGCUCAGUUGAUCGCUCAGUCCAUCGGUCAGUCCUUCAGCGUGGCGUAUCAGGAGUUCUUGCGCGCGAAUGGUAUCGAUCCGGAGGACCUGAGUCAGAGAGAGUACAGCGACCUGCUCAACACUCAGGACAUGUACAACGACGACCUCAUCCACUUCUCCAAGUCUGAGAACUGCAGAGACGUGUAUAUAGAGAAGCAGAAGGGUGAAAUCCUGGGUGUGGUGAUCGUGGAGUCCGGAUGGGGCUCCAUCUUACCCACCGUCAUCAUCGCCAGCCUGAUGCACGCUGGACCGGCGGCGAAAUCCGGCCGUCUCAACAUCGGAGAUCAGAUCAUGACGGUGAACGGGACGAGUCUGGUGGGUCUGCCGCUGUCCACCUGCCAGAGCAUCAUCAAGGGCCUGAAGUCUCAGUCCAGGGUUAAGAUGAACAUUGUCAGAUGUCCUCCAGUCACCAUGGUCCUCAUCCGCAGACCAGACCUCCGCUACCAGCUCGGCUUCAGCGUACAGAAUGGCAUUAUCUGCAGUCUGAUGAGGGGGGGUAUUGCAGAAAGGGGCGGAGUCAGAGUGGGCCACCGCAUCAUCGAGAUUAACGGGCAGAGUGUGGUGGCCACGCCCCACGAGAAGAUCGUUCAUAUUCUGUCUAGUGCUGUAGGAGAGAUCCACAUGAAGACCAUGCCUGCUGCCAUGUACCGCCUGCUGACGGCGCAGGAACAGCCCGUCUACAUCUGAACCCCGCUAACGUAAAGAUCGCUAACAUCGCUACGCCUCACCCUCACACUCCGUCACACUUCACAUGAUUAUCAGAUUGUUUACAGAUUUCUUACUCCGGAAGUAAAAACUUUUCCUCUCAUAAUAUUUUAAUCUGCCUUAAUAACGUGUGUAAUUGUGGAGAGAAGCUACAUCACCCAGACAUGCUAGCAUUAGCUCGGUUGCUAACUCUACUAGGAUGUAAACUGGAUUACAGCCCAAAGGCUAAAUGCAGUGUGUGAUAAUCGUGUUAGAACUGAUGGUUUGUUGGUUCCUAUGACAUAUUGCUUAUUUUACUAUUAGCCUUCAAAGUUUUGGUUUGGUUUUUUUUUUUUAUUUUAUUUUGGGAUAAAGUCUCAUUUUUGUGCAAGUGUCAUGGAUUUUUGUUUACAGGAGAUUAACGUUUCAGACUUUGGUGUUCAUCAGAGAAGAUUUGCCAGAUUUAUAGCUUCUAUUUCAGAUGAAAGAUUUCUUUAAGUAUAUGAAGGGAUUUUGUUAGAGGUCUAUGAUUAUGAAAUCUCUCCGUCACUGGAAUAAUUAAGAAAAGAAAAUUAAUAACUACAUUUAUUACGUGCACACACACACGUUCCUCCAUACGACACGUUUCUCUAACAGCCAAAGACUAAAAUCCAGAGAUUUAUUUAUCAUCUGAACACUGGACCUACACUAACGUCAGCCUGAGCAGCGCCGCAGGUGUGUGUGUGUGUGUGUGUGUGUUUGUGAUGUUAUAUAUUACACAAUAUGAAGUUAUGGUGCAGAAAUAACCUGAGAAACAACACUGUUAUUCAUGAAAGUAAAGGAAAACUGCAUAGA